UUUAAUUACUUAUUACAAUUUGCAUUAUGUGCAAUGUGUCAUAGUAGUUUUCAACGAAAAAAAUCAUCAAAAAAUCACAAAUCUUAUGAAUUUUCACAUAAUAUACCAAAUGAUUUAGAUACAGCUUCCAAGUUAUCUAAUGUUAGUGAUAGUGAUUUAGAUAAUUUUAGUGAUGAAACUAUUGAUAAUUUAUCUAAUAGUUUGGAAACUAAAAAAGUAUCAUUUAGUUUAUCAGUGAAAUUAGUAGACAAAGUAGAAUUGCCGUCAAAAUUUAUAGAAAUUUACAUAUCCUCUAUUGAAGAUCUUCUAUCAGAAGUUUAUAAUUAUUUGAUUAUUUUACUUGAAAAUAAUGCAAUUCCUAUGGAUGAUUAUUUUAUUGCAUACAAGUUUGAAAAAACAUCUGGUGCUGGAAUACAAUUAAAAGAUUCUAAUGAUUUUAAAAAAUUUAUAUUAGAUAAUGAUAAAGCAAUAAAAGAAAAAAAAUCUUAUAAUUAUGAUUCGUCAGCAGAUGAAAUUAAGAUUAAAUCAAAAAAGCAAAAAACUAUACCAAAAGAAUCUAGCUUAUCCGAAGCUGAAAAAUUACAUGGUCAAUAUAUAAAUGGUAUUGGUUCUAUUGAAGUACCACCCACUCAUCCAAUUUUUAAUAACCAACAUACUCGUAAUAAUAAUGAUAAACCUAAAUUACAAAAUGAUGCAAUACUAUUAUCAAAUAACAAUAAUCCUCAAGCUAUGCAACCUAUAAUUAUUCCUAUUUCAUAUCCAUUAUUACAAACUGGA